GGAAAGUUAGACGAAGAAGACGAAAGGUAACCUAUACCACUGCUCAUCCACUAAAUCCUCUGAUUAUUUGGAUUUUAUAGUAUAAAACGUCCCAAGUGGAAUCAAGAUCCAGUGAGGACAUGUCUGACCCCUGGCAAGAGUGUAUGGACCACUGCAUUGCAGUUACAAGAAAGGCUGGAGAGAUGAUCCGGGAGGCUCUGAAAAAGGACAUCUCCGUCAUGCAGAAAAGCUCCCCGGUGGACCUGGUGACGGAGACGGACCAGAAGGUUGAGGCCCUGAUCAUAUCCACCAUCAGAGAGAAGUACCCCAGUCACAGCUUUAUUGGGGAGGAGUCGGUUGCCACAGGGUCGUCCAGCAUUCUUACGGAAAAUCCCACAUGGAUCAUCGACCCUAUAGAUGGGACCACUAACUUUGUCCAUAGAUUUCCGUUCGUUUCAGUGUCCAUCGGGUUUACAGUUAAGAAAGAGAUCGAGUUCGGGGUGGUGUACAGCUGUGUCGAGGAUAAGAUGUACACGGCCCGCAGGGGGAAAGGAGCAUUUUGCAAUGGGGAGCCCAUCAAAGUUUCAGGCCAGAAAGAUAUCACCAAGUCUGUUGUUUUAACGGAAAUCAACUUCAAGGAAAAUCUGGAUCACUUCAAAACGAUGAUGUGCAACAUCCAGAAUAUCUUGACCAUCCCUGUACAUGGCAUCCGCUGUCCGGGAAGCGCGGCUGUCAACAUGUGCCUGGUGGCGUGCGGGUCGGCAGACGCCUACUAUCACAUCGGGAUACACUGCUGGGACAUGGCGGGGGGUGCCGCCAUUGUCACCGAGGCCGGUGGGGUCAUCAUGGACAUCACUGGGUGUCCCUUCGACCUCAUGUCCCGCCGGCUGAUCACGGCGAGCAGCAGGCCCAUCGCCGAGCAGAUUGCUCGGCAAAUCCAGCAGUUCCCGUGUGGUCGAGACGACGAGGAGAGCUCGUAAACUCUCAGGGAUGUGCAUACACACACGUACAGUCAUGCCACAUCCAGGCCAAACCCCAAAGAUCCACUUGCCAGUGUUGUAUCUGUAUUUGAAUUUUCUUUCCAUUUUUAUUUUAAUUUAAAUUAUUUAAUUUAACACUAAGUCUGACUUCUGGCCAGGGAUUUAUUUAUAAGGGCAUUUUGGCAGGCAAACACUCCCAUACCUGACCUUUGUGUGAAGUUUUUAGUAGCAAUCAAGUCAUUGGUGGUGUUGCAAUUCCUGCAUAGCUGAUGUUAAAUAGUGAUGAGGCACUUUGCUUUAAUUAAAUUAAAUGAUUAAAUGUGUUAAAUAACAUUCUUAAAGGUUCCACAUAUAUCAGUGACUAGUUUAUAGCUUGUGAUCCAAUUUAUGCUGGCAGACAAAAUAUAGGCAAAUUUGUUUGUUGGAGAAAUAAGGCUAUUCAGAUGUUUAAAGGCAGCAUUUCCUGAAGUUUAUUAUAUGUUAUGCUGUGUCUUUAAGGCUUUUAAGAACCACUUAAUUAUUGAGAUGCCUCACAUUCUCACAUUUAUUUAAGAAAAGUGAUCUGCAAAGCCUAGAACCACUUAACACUGCAUUCCAGAGACAAGAUACAUAAAAUACCUCAGGGUGCAUAUAUCAGGAUGCGUGAAACAGACUACGUUAAAUAUAUUUAUUAUUCAUUAUGAAUAUUUAAAGAUAUUCAUGUAGCUGGUUCAUGCUGGAUGUGAAGAAAAUAAAUAUUGAAAUAUAAACGUU